UAUUGCUGCGGCACGCCCCUUGACUGGCUUGCUCUCAUGGACAACCUGCAAUCCCCAACGCGGUUUGUCCUCCGGGAGCCCCUCUCCGAAGCUGAGAUCUUUCUGCCCUGUUUGCCCGCCGUUGUCCAAGUCUUCCUCUCAGGAGACCCGCUCACCUCGCCUGAUUGGAUGGCGAUCGCGAGCCAGAAGCUCUACAAUACUGGUACUUGCAUGGGCCAGACGCUCUUCUUCUGGCGGCCUGAAGAUGCCGCAUGGACUAUGCAGCUGGAGCGGCCAAACGGCAGAAUCGAUAGCGCAGCAUUCCAUCAGGGGAAAUUCUACUUCACCGACAUCGGGUGGACCCUUCACGUCUAUGAUCUUGACCGCUCCCCUCCCAAGCUUGUCCGGAGCACAUACCUUUACAGUGCUCUGCGAGAGCGCCAUGGAUUUCGACAGUUCCCUGGCGGUGGCAGGCCGACGUGGUAUGUGGUCGCAUUCAAUGGCGAGUUGCUGCUUGUUGUGAUGUACCAUGCGCCCAACAUAAAGGCUGUCGAAGUUUACCGCCCGGAUUGGGAAGCGGAGCGCCUGGAGCUGCGGGACAAGGUCACGGAUCUUGGCGAGUACUCGCUCUUCUUGGGCCGUGGUGACGCGUUUGCCCUCUGUGCAAAGGACUUCACUAUGAUCCGGAGAAAUUGUCUCUACUUUGUAGAGCACGAUACAGUCAAGCAUCAAGAUUGGGCUAUUGUGUUAGACUUGGGGUCAAAUGCUUUCCAACAAAUUCCAUAUCCCGGAGAGCAGAUGGAGGGCGCGGGCAGAAGCAAUCACUGGACGGCGUAUUCGUGGUUCUGUCUCAGAAGACCCUUCUUGAAGGCUGAAGCCCAGUAAGGUAGAUCUUCACUGACCAUCUUAUAUGAAAGUAACCGAAUCAGUAUUGGAACAGCAACAGCGCUUCCCAUGUUUGAAUGAUCUAAACACCAACACGUAUGUCUUGUCACUUCAGAUCAUCAACCUUGUUCCUCCCAUGAAUCCUUGAUAAAUCAUGGACUCCAACAGCCCAAUUACUAACUCUUUGGCAUGGAAGUGUUAAGAGCUGAUUUAUAAUAGAUAUCACCAUUGUUGUAUCUCUAUUUCUCUUGCUACUAAUAUAACUGUCAUUAUUCAGUCCAUUGGCAAGUUUGGUUCA